AUGGCCGUGAAUACUCCUAUUGUAAACGGGACAUCUUAUGCCACCGUCGUCGCUUACUCUAAGGACUCCUACCAAAAAGCUGUUGAAUUCUAUUCCAAAUUAUUAGAAUUAUCUGUCUCUACUGGAGGUGUCUGCUCGGAAAAUGAAACUUUACUAUCCAAUGCUACUAUUGCUGUUAAAGUCUCAUUGCAAGAAAAUAAUAAUAAACAAGCGGAAAUUGAUAACCAAAUUAAAUAUUUGACUUCUAUCGCAAAGACUAACGACUGGAGAUCUCAUGUUAAUCAAUCCCUAGUAUUUAAUACUACUGACUUAUCCUCUUUACAAGAUGCUUUCAAACAAUUGGAUUACCCAAACCAAGCAUUCCCUUCUGAUUUAUUACCAAUGCAAUUAUACACUAUCGACCCAUUAGGUAACAUCAUCGGUGUCACUUCCACUAAAAACGCAGUCUCUACUAAGUCGAACCUUCCAGGUGCUACCACCGUCACUGGAACUGCUGCAGUCACUGCAACUCAAACUCCAGGUUCCGUCUCUAAGAACCACUCCUUCACCGAUUUGUCUUAUUUAGUCAAAACAUCCAACAAUUAUCCUUCUUUACCAAAGGAUAACACUCCAUUGGCAGAAAAGAAGGCUAUUGCCGUCAUGACCUCCGGUGGUGACGCUCAAGGUAUGAACUCUAACGUUCGUGCCAUUGUCCGUUCCGCCAUCUUCAAAGGGUGUCGUGCUUUUGUAGUCAUGGAAGGUUACGAAGGUCUAGUUAAAGGUGGUCCAGAUUACAUUAAGGAAUUCUCUUGGGAAGACGUUAGAGGUUGGUCCGCUGAAGGUGGUACCAAUAUCGGUACUGCUAGAUGUCUAGAAUUCAGACAAAGAGAAGGUAGAUUGUUAGGUGCCCAACAUUUGAUCGAAGCUGGUGUCGAUGCUUUGAUUGUUUGUGGUGGUGACGGUUCCUUAACUGGUGCCGAUUUGUUCAGAUCUGAAUGGCCUUCUUUGAUUAACGAACUUUUGGAAAACAAGAGAAUCUCUAAGGAACAACACACUAGAUACCAACACUUGAACAUUUGUGGUACUGUCGGUUCCAUUGAUAACGAUAUGUCCACUACAGAUGCUACCAUCGGUGCUUACUCCGCUUUGGACAGAAUCUGUACUGCUAUCGAUUACGUCGAAGCCACCGCCAACUCUCACUCCAGAGCCUUUGUUGUCGAAGUCAUGGGUAGGAACUGUGGUUGGUUAGCCCUAUUGGCUGGUAUUGCCACUUCUGCUGAUUACAUCUUCAUUCCAGAAAAGCCAGCUACUUCCAGUGAAUGGCAAGAUCAAAUGUGUGACAUUGUCGCCAAGCACAGAGCCAGAGGUAAGAGAACUACCAUUGUCAUUGUUGCCGAAGGUGCCAUUGCCGCUGAUUUGACUCCAAUCUCCACUGGUGAUGUCCAUAAGGUUCUUGUCGACAGAUUAGGUCUAGACACUAGAAUCACCACUUUGGGUCAUGUUCAAAGAGGUGGUACCGCUGUCGCUUACGAUCGUAUGUUGGCCACUCUACAAGGUGUGGAAGCCGUCAACGCCGUCUUGGAUUCCUCAGCAGACACUCCAUCUCCAUUGAUUGCUAUUAAUGAAAACAAGAUUGUCCGUAAACCACUUGUCGAAUCUGUUAAGUUGACUAAAGCUGUUGCUGCUGCCAUUCAAGCUAAGGACUUCAAGAAGGCCAUGUCUCUAAGAGAUACUGAGUUCAUUGAACAUUUGAACAACUUCAUGGCUAUUAACUCUGCUGACCACAACACUCCAAAGCUAGGCGAAGAGAAGAGACUAAAGAUUGCCAUUGUUAACGUCGGUGCCCCAGCUGGUGGUAUCAACUCAGCCGUUUACUCCAUGGCUACAUAUUGUAUGUCUCAAGGUCACAAACCUUAUGGUAUUUACAACGGUUGGUCCGGUCUAGCCAGACAUGAAUCCGUCAGAUCCUUGGACUGGAAGGAAAUGAUCGGCUGGCAAUCACGUGGUGGUUCUGAACUAGGUACCAACAGAGUCACCCCAGAAGAAGCUGAUAUCGGUAUGGUCGCUUACUACUUCCAAAAGUACCAAUUCGAUGGUUUAAUCAUCGUCGGUGGUUUCGAAGCCUUCACUUCCUUACAUCAACUAGAAAAGGCUAGAGAAAGUUAUCCAGCUUUCAGAAUCCCAAUGGUAUUGAUCCCAGCUACUUUGUCUAACAAUGUCCCAGGUACUGAAUACUCUCUAGGUUGUGACACAUCUUUGAAUGCUUUAAUGAAAUAUUGUGAUGUUGUCAAGCAAUCUGCUGCUUCUACUAGAGGAAGAGCUUUCGUUGUCGACACCCAAGGUGGUAACUCCGGUUACUUAGCUACCUGUGCUUCCUUAAGUGUCGGUGCUGCUGCUUCCUAUGUUCCAGAAGAAGGUAUUCGUCUAGAACAACUACAACAAGAUAUUACCUCUCUAGGUGAAUCAUUCGAAAGAGCCGAAGGUAGAAACGGUUUCGGUAAGUUGAUUCUUAAAAGUACAAAUGCCUCCAAGGCUAUGUCUGCUGAAGAUAUCGCCAAGAUCAUCACUGCCGAAGCUCAAGGCGAAUUUGAUGCCAAGGCUGCUGUUCCAGGUCACAUCCAACAAGGUGGUAUCCCAUCUCCAAUCGAUAGAACUAGAGCCACAAGAUUGGCAGUCAGAGCUGUCGAUUUCAUCGAAAAGGGUCAAAGCACUCUUGAAGUUACUCGUGCCGGUGAUGAAGAUUACAAGUCUGAUAGUAAGGAACUUGCUAACACAGCCUCUGUUCUAGGUAUCAAGGGCUCUCACGUUGCCUUCACCGGUAUCAGAAGACUAUAUGAUUUCGAGACUGAAAUCAGCAAGAGAAUGCCAAAGGUCAUUCACUGGGAACAAACCAGAGCCAUCGCUGACCACUUGGUUGGUAGAAAGAGAGUUUAA